CACGUAAUGGAACAGCGAAAACAACUCAUGAGCGAUUCAUGGAAGGGAUUUGUUUAGAGGAAAGAACAGCAGUUUAAUUUCAUCCAAUCACUGGCUACAACUUGACGUCAUUCAUUGAAUGGUUCGUAAGAUUUGAAAACAAGUCGUAUUGUGGGUUCGGGUGUGCUGAUUGUGGAUUACCAAGAUAAUUGAUAAUUGUAAUAAAAUGGACUCUUUACGUGAACAGGUCAUGAUUAAUCAGUUCGUAUUAGCUGCAGGAUGUGCCAGAGAACAAGCAAAACAAUUACUUCAAGCAGCCCAUUGGCAAUUCGAGACGGCCUUGAGCAUAUUCUUCCAAGAGGCUGCUCUGCCCACCUACUCCCAGACGGCUACACACUUUGGCCAGGUGACUCCGUGUAAUACACCUGCUACUCCUCCAAACUUCCCGGACGCUCUCAUGGCCUUCUCCCGUAUGUCAACCAGUGACAAGCUUAGUUCCUCCCCAUCGCAAGGAGUAAUCUCUACGUCUCCAAAGCAGCAGCUACCCACACAGCAACAGCAGCAACCCAUAGUGAUCCACAGGACCAACACCAUGUCCCAGAACAGCACCAGUUUAGGAGUCCUGAAUAGAUAAAUGGCUUUGGUCGUCGGCUUCUUGACUCAUCCAAAGAACACAAAUCGAGCAGCCUAGUAACCUAGUGUAUAUAUGUAUUGUAUGGCGAACUCCUUAGUCUGUGUACAUAUCAAUGCCUAGGUGCUCAUCUUUUAUUAUGUGAUCGAUUAGUUUGUAUAAGUUUUCUAAGACUUUUCGUAGACCUCCAUAUAAUUUGUCAUCGCUGUUGUCAUUGGUGUCACAGCACAUUGAUCUAUGUAUUAUUUUAAUUUAUAUUACUAGUUAAGCACCCUAAGAAUAAAAACCAGUUAAUUUCA